AUGGCGUGGCCCAUUGAUCAUCCCAGCGCAUGGGACGGGAACCGCCGACUUGAACGUACUUUUGGCUACUAUCCAGACGGUUCUUCUCUCCGUCCUACACCGGGCCUAGUGACUCCAGUCCAGGCCCCAAAUGCCGGGUGGAGUGUAUCUUUUGCCACGGGACGUCAACCAGUCUUCUCUACGGUCGACGAGGCAGUUCCAAGCUUGAGCGCUUACGCACAACCCGGUGAGGGAGGCGUAGCAAAUGUACCGGACCCCUGGGCAGUACACAUCCAGGGCAAGGAUUUGAGUGGUGCCAUGCCAUCGUCCAGCGUGCCCCCAAGUGUAGUCCACCGCCCCGUUAGCAGUCUCCUUGAUACUCAGACCGACGUCCUACGCCGUCCUCGGGUAUCUCACAACCCGGGCUUCCCCAUCACCAACCACGAGGGAAGUAGACAUCAGGCUUAUGCCGAGGCGGAUGAGCCACCUCGAAACCUUCAGUAUACCCUAGCCAUAGACAACCACCAUGUAAUUAGCGGCCCGCACGCCAAUGCCAAUGCCAAUGUCCAUACCAACGCCCCCGUCCCCAUCUUACACUGCAGGUGGGACGGCUGCCAUUAUCCUGGUACAUUCAACCGUGAAUCUUCCCUCAUUCGUCACCUUCGGAAUAUGCAUUGGACUCCCCGGGCUCAUCCCUGCUCAGUUCCAGGCUGCCCCAAGGUGUGUAACCGUGCAGAUACUCUUACGCAACAUCUGCGCAACUGUCAUCGUAUGGUUUGA